ACUGCUGUGUUGACAGUGCCUCCCUCCCCCGCUCUUCGUUCAUUGGUGCAGACGGAGACAAAUUGGCGCCAUUUUGAAGCGUUCCACGGGCAGGCGGCAGAGGCAGCGGCCGUUGGAGAAUUGGACUGGACCAGAUUAGACUGGGGCUUUCACACGGGGAGGAAACGUGAUCUAUAACCAUGGCUCAUGCCAAGCCAAAGGCCAAUGAUGGAAAAAUUACAUAUCCACCUGGAGUGAAAGAGAUCUCUGAUAAAAUAUCAAAGGAGGAAAUGGUUCGAAGAUUAAAGAUGGUUGUAAAAACUUUCAUGGAUAUGGACCAAGAUUCCGAGGAUGAGAAGGAGCUGUAUCUGAAUUUAGCAUUGCAUCUUGCUUCUGAUUUUUUCUUGAAACAUCCUGACAAGGAUGUACGUCUGCUUGUUGCUUGCUGCCUAGCUGAUAUUUUUAGAAUCUAUGCCCCAGAGGCACCCUAUACAUCACCAGAUAAACUGAAGGAUAUAUUUAUGUUCAUAACAAGACAGCUUAAGGGGUUAGAAGAUACAAAAAGUGCACAGUUUAACAGAUAUUUCUACUUGCUUGAGAACAUUGCCUGGGUCAAGUCAUAUAAUAUCUGCUUUGAACUGGAGGAUAGUAAUGAUAUAUUCACUCAAUUGUAUAGAACACUUUUCCAAGUUAUAAACAAUGGCCACAACCAGAAAGUUCACAUGCACAUGGUGGACCUGAUGAGUUCCAUAGUUUGUGAAGGGGACACAGUUUCUCAAGAACUUUUGGAUACCGUUCUUGUUAACCUAGUACCAGCACAUAAGAAUCUAAAUAAACAAGCAUAUGACUUGGCAAAAGCUCUUUUAAAACGAACAGCUCAAGCAGUUGAACCUUAUAUUACGAAUUUUUUUAACCAGGUUUUAAUGCUGGGAAAGACCUCCAUUAGUGAUCUAUCAGAGCAUGUGUUUGACCUGAUCCUUGAGCUAUACAAUAUUGACAGUCAUCUGCUGCUUUCUGUGUUACCACAGUUGGAGUUUAAACUUAAGAGCAAUGAUAAUGAAGAGCGCUUAGCGGUAGUUAAACUGCUAGCAAAAAUGUUUGGAGCAAAAGAUUCAGAGCUGGCAUCACAGAACAAGCCACUGUGGCAGUGUUAUUUGGGAAGAUUCAAUGACAUCCAUGUUCCUAUUCGUCUUGAAUGUGUAAAAUUUGCGAGUCACUGCCUUGUGAACCACCCAGAUUUAGCAAAAGAUCUCACUGAAUUUCUCAAAGUUCGAUCACAUGAUCCAGAAGAAGCAAUAAGACAUGAUGUCAUUGUCUCCAUUGUAACUGCUGCAAAAAAGGAUCUCUCGCUUGUUAAUGACCACCUGUUAAAUUUUGUGAGGGAAAGAACAUUAGACAAACGGUGGAGAGUGAGAAGAGAAGCAAUGAUGGGACUGGCGCAGAUCUAUAAAAAGUACUGUUUACAAGCUGAGGCAGGAAAGGAAGCUUCCAAAGAGAUUUCAUGGAUUAAAGACAAACUUUUGCAUAUAUACUACCAAAACAGCAUUGAUGACAAGUUACUUGUUGAAAGGAUAUUUGCACAGUACAUGGUGCCUCACAAUUUGGAGACUUCGGAAAGGAUGAAGUGUUUGUAUUAUCUUUACGCAACCCUCGACACAAAUGCUGUCAAAGCAUUAAAUGAAAUGUGGAAAUGUCAAAACAUGCUGAGGCAUCAUGUACGUGACUUGCUUGAUCUGCACAAACAACAAAAAUCAGAUACCACUGACAAAGCCAUAUUCUCAAAAGUGAUGAUAAUUGCCAAAAACUUGCCUGAUCCAGGAAAAGCCCAGGACUUUAUGAAGAAAUUUGACCAAUUUUUAGAAGAGGAUGAGCGAAUCCGAUCCCAACUGGAUGUGCUUGUUAGUCCGAAUUGUUCAUGCAAGCUAGCAGAAGGAUGUGUGCGUGAAAUAACCCGAAAACUAAGCAACCCGAAACAACCUACAAAUCCAUUUUUGGAAAUGGUGAAAUUUCUCCUGGAGAGGAUAGCACCUGUACAUAUUGACACAGAGUCUAUUAGUGCUUUAAUUAAGCAGAUUAAUAAAUCCAUUGAUGGCACAGCUGAUGAUGAAGAGGAAGGUGUGCCAACUGAUGAAGCAAUACGAGCAGGCCUUGAAUUGCUAAAGGUAUUAUCUUUCACGCAUUCGAUCUCUUUUCACUCUGCGGAAACAUUUGAAUCUCUCCUCCAGUGCUUGAAAAUGGAAGAUGAAAAGGUGGCAGAAGCUGCUUUACAGAUCUUCCGAAAUACUGGACAGAAAAUUGAAGAUGACUUUCCUCACAUUCGAUCUGCUUUGCUGCCUGUAUUGCAACAGAAGGCCAAGAAAGGCACUGCUCGACAAGCCAAGCAUGCAAUUCACUGCAUUCAUGCAAUAUUCUCCAGUAAAGAGACACAAUUUGCACAGAUAUUUGAGCCUUUGCACAAAAGUUUGGAUCCCAGCAACCCAGAGCAGCUCAUCACUCCUUUGAUUUCAAUUGGACAUAUAGCUAUGCUGGCUCCAGAACAAUUUUCUGCACCUCUGAAGUCCCUAGUGGCUGGUUUUGUUGUGAAAGACUUGUUAAUGAAUGACCGAUUUCCGGCGAAGAAGACGACAAAGCUUUGGGUACCAGAUGAUGAAGUCUGUCCUGAAACACUGACAAAAAUACAGGCCAUGAAGAUGAUGGUGCGGUGGUUGAUGGGAAUGAGGACCAAUAUAAAUAAAUCAGGAACCUCUACCUUGAGACUAUUAACGGCUAUACUACAUAGUGAUGGUGACUUGACAGAACAGGGGAAAAUUAGCAAACCUGAUAUGUCACGUUUGCGUCUGGCAGCUGGUUGUGCUGUUUUGAAAUUAGCACAGGAGCCCUGUUACUAUGAAAUCAUUACACUAGAACAGUUUCAGUUAUGUGCACUGGUAAUGAAUGAUGAAUGUUACCAAGUGAGGCAGAUAUUUGCACAGAAGCUCAACAAAGGACUUGCGAAACUACGACUACCACUAGAGUACAUGGCAAUUUUCUCACUCUGUGCAAAGGACCCAGCAAAAGAAAGGAGAGCACAUGCCAGACAAUGUCUGGUGAAAAAUAUCAAUAUUCGGAGGGAGUAUUUAAAGCAACAUGCAGCAGUAAGUGAAAAACUGUUAUCUUUGCUACCUGAGUAUGUUGUUCCAUACACAAUUCACCUCCUUGCGCAUGAUCCAGAUUAUGUAAAGGUGCAGGAUAUUGAGCAGCUGAAAGAUAUUAAAGAAUGUUUAUGGUUUAUGCUUGAAAUACUGAUGGUUAAGAAUGAAAACAACAGCCAUGCUUUUAUCAGAAAAAUGGUGGAAAACAUAAAACAAACAAAAGAUGUUCAGGGCCCAGAUGACCCAAAGAUGAAUGAGAAGUUGUACACUGUUUGUGAUGUUGCAAUGAACAUUAUCAUCUCUAAAAGUACUACAUACAGCCUGGAGUCUCCAAAAGACCCAGUCCUACCUGCUAAAUAUUUCACUCAUCCUGAUAAGAAUUUCAACAAUAGCAAAAAUUAUCUACCUUCAGAGAUGAAAGCCUUUUUUACACCUGGCAAGCCAAAGGCAACUAAUGUUCUUGGUGCAGUAAAUAAGCCUCUGUCAUCAGCAGGAAAACAGGCACAGACCAAGUCAUCACGAAUGGAAACUAUGAGUAAUGCCAGCAGCAACUCUAAUCCCAGUUCUCCUGGAAGAAGUAAAGGAAGGCUCGAUAGUUCUGAGAUUGAUCACAGUGAAAAUGAGGAUAUCACAGUAAUGAAGAAUCCACCUCUCCCCACAAAGAAAAUGGAUAAGAGGGAAGACCCAGACCAUCUGAGGUCAGAAAGUGAUAAACCAAGAGGACGGAAGAAAGCAGCCUCUGGACUUUCAUUAGAUCAAGAGGAUCGGUCAAGUGUGGAACUUCUAGAUCAAGUGAAACCUGCAAAAACAGGUCAACGGGGUAGAAAAAGAGCUGCACACACUUCUGAUUCAGAUGAACAGCAGUGGCCAGAAGAGAAAAGAUCAAAAGAUCUCUUGGAGAACGAAGAUGAACAAAAUAGUCCACCAAAGAAAACAAAAAGAGGGCGUCCGCCAAAAGCUACAAGUGAAGAAGUCCCUAAGGGAGAGACGCAAGGAAAAGGAGGCAAAAGAAGUAAAAAGAGAGCAAUAGCGGUUGAAAGGGAAGAUGGUGACGGUGAUAAUGAAAAUCAGGAACAAAAGCAAAAAAGAACCAGACAACCAAGAGCCCCUAAAAAAUCACAAAGAAUAGAAACUCCAGAAUCUGAUGUAACUGAGUCAUUAUCUAUGGAAUCAACGCCACAGAAGAAACGAGGAAGGCCACCAAAAAUGGCAACCACACCACAAUCGCAACCAAAGAAAACUUUCCGCGGAGGACGUUCAAGACGAGCUGUCAAUAGAGAAGAUGAUUCAUCGGCAGAGAUGGAUUCUCAUCAUGACAGCUCAUUGGAGAACAUGGACAUUUCUCAGGAAAGCUCAGUGGAUGGAGUGAACACAGAAGAGGAGAAUGAAUUAAGCACAUUGAGGGUGCGUCGUAAGCCCAGCAAAAGGGAAAGAAGAUGAAGAGUAGAUAUUUGCAGAUGUUGGCAUUAGAGCUUGGUAAUUGUACUGUAAAGCUCAAGACUAAAGGACAUUGUCUAAAUAACAACUGGUUGUUAAGGAAAGCAUCUUGUAUCUAUUACACAUGCAUUUGCAGUCUCAAGGUCACAAGCUUUUGGCAAACACAUCAAGUCCUAAAUUGUGGGUUGUCGUGCAUUGUGAUGUGUGCUGACUACAAUGUACUGACAUUACGGAGAGAUUGAAAUAAAUGAAAUUGUAAAUAUUUUUUAUGUUUUGAUUGAAAAUGUGCUUGUAUAGCUUUUAAAUUACAGCUUUAAAUCACCAACACAACUGUGUACUAAAUGUGUGGGUGAAGAAAGUUGGUCACAGUGAAAGUUGACAACUUAAGCAAUACUUGUUAAUAAUUGUACCUUCUGUGGCAUUGUACCUUCAAGAAGGGGCUGGUUCAUGGAAAGAACAAAUACAUUAUUGCAUUUUCCUGCAGCACAUACUUCUGUGGUUAGAUAUGUUGGAAAGUCACCUUUUCUAAAAUCCUUUAGUGUUUGACUAUAUAUACUUGUUUCUGUAAUCUGCUUUACUGCUUCUGCUUUCCACCACUGAAGAUGUUGGACAGUAAGUCCUCAGUUGUAUAAAAUGUGAAGUCAGCUAAAAUGCUGUGGCAUUUUACUUGUCAGUAUUGAUGCCAGAGAUGUCUAGGCUUUUAGAUAAAGUUGGAAAAAAAAGGAUUUUAGUUAAAAUAUUUUAAUACUGAUGGUGUAUUAGGCAUUCAAAUUGUACACCUUACUCUAGUUAUCUCCCCUGUCAAAUUUGUAUCAAUCUACUGUAUCAAUAAAAUUCUGUAACUGAGCUUGCCUUGUUAUAGUGGGGAAAAACGUUUGUGUAUUUUGAAGGGUAACCCUCCCUAAGUUAUGGUUCCUAAGAGUUAGAUCAUGUGAAAGUUGUUUAUUGUGGUAUGUGAUUAAUAAGAAAAGGAGCCUCUCUGCAUUGUAACAACUGUCUGUUCUGCUUGAAAUGCACUUGACAUAUCGUUAAAAAUGCCUGCAAUAAUAUUUCGUAUUUUCCUUGUUGAUUUUUAUUUCUGUAUUGUCAAUCUGUACCAAAAUUUGGGUUUAAUCAGAUUAAAAUUAUUUUGUUUUACAAA